CUGCGCAGGCGCGGAGGGGACGGGUCGGGCGCAGAAAUGGCGGCCUCCAUAUUCUGCAGCCGGCUCUUAGUCGCAGCUACCCUAAGGAGCCACCCGCCCCGGAGGGCGCUGGGGGCCGCCGCCCAGGUUCUGGGGAGUUCUGGAUUGUUUAACAACCAUGGACUCCAAGUGCAGCAGCAGCAACGAAGGAAUCUCGCUCUGCAUGAGUACAUGAGCAUGGAGCUGUUGCAGGACGCGGGGGUCAACAUUCCCAAGGGACAUGUGGCCAAGUCACCAGACGAAGCUUAUGCCAUCGCCAAAAAAUUAGGUUCAAAAGAUGUUGUGAUAAAGGCACAGGUUUUAGCUGGUGGCAGAGGAAAAGGAACAUUUGAAAGUGGCCUCAAAGGAGGAGUGAAGAUAGUUUUCUCUCCAGAAGAAGCAAAAGCUGUCUCCUCACAAAUGAUUGGGAAAAAGCUGUUUACCAAGCAAACAGGAGAAAAGGGCAGGAUUUGCAACCAAGUGUUGGUUUGUGAGCGGAGAUACCCCAGGAGAGAGUACUACUUCGCGAUAACAAUGGAAAGGUCAUUUCAGGGCCCUGUAUUAAUAGGAAGUUCUCAGGGCGGUGUCAACAUUGAAGAUGUCGCUGCAGAAAACCCGGAAGCCAUAGUGAAGGAACCUAUCGAUAUCGUGGAAGGCAUCAAGAAGGAGCAAGCCGUCCGGCUGGCGCAGAAGAUGGGGUUUCCGCCCGGCAUUGUGGAUUCUGCGGCAGAAAACAUGAUCAAGCUUUACAACCUGUUUCUGAAGUACGACGCGACCAUGGUGGAGAUCAACCCGAUGGUGGAGGACUCCGACGGAGCCGUGCUCUGUAUGGACGCAAAGAUCAAUUUCGAUUCUAACUCAGCUUAUCGCCAGAAGAAGAUCUUUGAUCUGCAGGACUGGACCCAGGAAGAUGAAAGGGACAGAGACGCGGCGAAGGCAGAUAUCAACUACAUCGGCCUCGACGGGAACAUAGGCUGUCUCGUGAACGGUGCUGGUCUGGCCAUGGCCACAAUGGACAUCAUCAAACUCCACGGAGGGACGCCAGCCAACUUCCUGGACGUCGGCGGUGGUGCUACAGUCCAUCAAGUAACAGAGGCAUUUAAGCUCAUCACUUCCGAUAAAAAGGUACUGGCCAUCCUGGUCAACAUCUUCGGCGGCAUCAUGCGGUGUGACGUCAUUGCCCAGGGCAUCGUCAUGGCGGUGAAGGACCUGGAAAUUAAAAUCCCCAUCGUGGUGCGGCUACAGGGUACACAAGUAGAUGAUGCCAAGGCACUGAUCGCAGACAGUGGGCUGAAAAUUCUCGCUUGUGACGACCUGGACGAAGCUGCUAAAAUGGUUGUGAAGCUCUCUGAAAUAGUGACCUUAGCCAAACAGGCCCAGGUGGAUGUGAAGUUUCAGCUGCCAAUCUGAUGGGACAAUAGAGCGGGCGGCUGAAGGUUCCAAACACGCUACGACCGUUAAAAAUACUGUGUUCUGUUAUUCUGUUCUCUUCGGUGUGUGGAAAUUAUAGCGCCACCAGGCACAAAACCUGUAAAGCAGUCGGUCCGCAUCUAACCCUGCUGUUGAGAAGGGUUGUCUGUGUAAAGCACGUGUGACAUGGCCACCUGGUCUCCUUGGUCCCCGUCCCAGCCUCCCCGCCACCUCCGCAGAGUGCGGUUUGCACUGGGCCAGUCCUCACUGCUGGACACGAUGUUCUUCGUCAGUGAGUCCUCUGAAUAAAAUAAAUAUGACUAUAAAGCUUUAUUCUUUAGCAUUAGAAACAUCGUACCUAAUUAAUGAGCCUCCUUAGUAGAGCAGUGUAAUAAAAUGAUGUUCUAUGUAAGUGUUUAUUUUCAACACCAAAUACCUAAGUAAAUAUGUCAAUCACUAUUUAUAGACACAGCUUUCAAACACUCCUCAGAAUGUUCUUUUAAAUAUUCCAGUGCAGUAACUUGAUUAUUUGAACACUGUUUAACCAUUACAAACACCAGUGACGGCAAGUCAGCCUGACCCCGUGGUACCGAGAAGAGCCUAGGGCGUGGAUGGAAAAAAGGCGUGUUUACCAAGGAUUUGGCAGACAGAGCUGAUGAUGUCGAUUUAAGUUAAUAAAAGUCGCCCAAUGUGA